AUGCUUUUAAUCACACUUGCGCCGUUCAUAGCCCUCGCCGUGCUCGCAGGCGCUGACAAGACUCCACAGCUCGAGCGCAGAGCCCUUGCACACUCGGAACCCUUCUAUCCCUCGCCAUGGGCAGACCCGAAUGCCAAUGGCUGGGAAGACGCCUAUGCGAAGGCAAAGGACUUUGUCUCCCAGUUGACGCUGCUUGAAAAGGUCAACCUGACAACCGGUGUUGGUUGGCAAGGUGAGCAGUGUGUUGGUCAAGUCGGCUCUAUUCCUCGCCUCGGCUUCCGCAGUCUUUGCAUGCAGGACUCGCCAAUGGGUGUCCGGUUGUCCGACUACAACUCAGCGUUUCCUUCUGGCCAGACCGCGGCGGCAACUUUCGACAAGGGACUUCUCUACCGCCGUGGCUUGGCCAUGGGACAGGAGCACAGGGGUAAGGGCGUUACCGUCCAGCUAGGACCUGUUGCAGGACCACUUGGCCGCGCACCGGCCGGCGGUCGUAAUUGGGAGGGUUUCUCGCCCGACCCGGUCCUGACUGGAAUUGGUAUGGCAGAGACUGUCAAGGGUAUCCAAGAUGCUGGUGUCAUUGCUUGCGCCAAGCAUUUCAUUGGCAAUGAGCAGGCCCAGGGAUACGGAUACAACAUCUCAGAGACUCUUUCAUCGAACAUUGACGACAAGACGAUGCACGAGCUUUACCUAUGGCCAUUUGCCGACGCCGUCCGCGCCGGUGUUGGUUCUGUCAUGUGCUCGUACCAACAGAUCAACAACUCAUACGGCUGCCAAAACUCAAAGAUGCUCAAUGACUUGCUCAAGAACGAGCUAGGCUUCCAGGGUUUCGUAAUGAGUGACUGGCAAGCUCAGCACACCGGUGCCGCCAGCGCCGUGGCUGGCCUCGACAUGACCAUGCCUGGAGAUACUGUCUUUAAUAGCGGUCUUAGCUUCUGGGGCGCCAAUCUGACUCUGGCGGUUAUCAACGGCACCGUCCCUGAAUGGAGAAUCGAUGAUAUGGCACUGAGAAUCAUGGCUGCCUUCUUCAAAGUUGGUCUCACAGUCGACCAGGAUCCCAUCAACUUCGACUCAUGGACUCUCGAUACAUAUGGUCCCCUCCAUUAUGCCGCCAAGGAUGGCUACCAACAAAUCAACUGGCAUGUCAAUGUCCAGGGUCAACAUGCUAGUCUCAUCCGCGAGGUUGCUGCGAAGGGUACUGUUCUCUUGAAGAACACUGGUGUCCUGCCUCUCAACAAACCCAAGUUCAUCGCUGUCAUUGGCGAGGAUGCUGGCCCCAACCCGGCCGGUCCCAAUGGCUGCGGAGAUCGAGGAUGCGAUGAUGGUACUCUGGGUGCCGCAUGGGGAUCCGGCACCGCGAACUAUCCUUACCUCAUUACUCCCGACUCGGCAAUCCAAGCACAGGCUGUCAAGGAUGGCUCACGAUAUGAGAGCAUUCUUAACAAUUACAAGCCGGACCAGAUCAAGGCACUUGUCAGCCAACAGGAUGCUACUUCCAUUGUCUUUGUUAAUGCCGAUUCUGGCGAAGGUUACAUCAACGUUGAUGGCAACGAGGGUGACCGCAAGAACCUCACGCUUUGGAAGGAUGGUGAUGCUCUCGUCAAGAAUGUCUCCAGCUGGAGUAACAACACAAUUGUCGUGAUCCACUCCGUUGGUCCCGUUCUGGUGACCGACUGGUACAACAGCCCCAACAUUACUGCCAUCCUUUGGGCUGGCCUGCCAGGACAAGAGUCCGGCAACUCUAUCACUGACAUUCUCUAUGGCAAGACUAACCCCUCCGGCCGCACGCCCUUCACCUGGGGCACAACUCGUGAGAGCUAUGGUACCGAUGUCCUCUAUGAGCCGAACAACGGCAACGGUGCUCCACAGGACGACUUUUCCGAAGGUGUCUUCAUCGACUACCGCUACUUCGACAAGAACAACGAUACUCCUAUCUACGAGUUUGGCUAUGGUCUUAGCUAUACUACUUUCGGUUACUCUGAUAUCAAGGUUGAGAAGACGGGAGCUGGCACCUAUAAGCCUACGACAGGCACAACUGCCUCAGCCCCGACUUUCGGCAAUUUCUCGACUGACUUAAACGACUACGUCUUCCCCAAGGACGAUAUCCGCUACAUCUAUCAGUACAUCUACCCCUACCUGAACACUUCCUCGUCUGGCGAGGCUGCUUCUGCGGAUCCGUACUACGGCCAAACAGCCGAGGAGUUCCUCCCGCCGCAUGCUACAGACGGCAGUCCUCAACCCUUGCUCCGAGCCUCUGGCAAGUCUAACCCCGGUGGCAACCGCCAGCUAUAUGAUGUGCUGUAUCACGUCUCCGCGACGAUCACCAACACGGGCUCUAUUGUUGGUGAUGAGGUACCGCAGCUUUACGUCUCUCUUGGUGGACCUGAUGAUCCGCCUGUUGUCCUGCGUGGUUUCGACCGCAUCCGCAUCGAUCCCGGCCAGAGUGCCACAUUCAAGGCAGAUAUCACAAGGCGUGACCUGAGCAACUGGGACAUUGUGAGCCAGGACUGGGUUGUCAGCUCGUACCCGAAGAAGGUGUACAUCGGCAAGAGCAGCCGGAAGCUGGAGCUGAGUGCGGAUUUGUCUUAA